AUGUCGGACGCAGAUGGUGCUGCAAGUUCUCAACCUAGUUCCAGAGGAAGAAGUCCAUCCAGUGAAGUGAGAGUGAGCUGGGUGUACGAACUUAAUAAACAAGAACUAAUUGAAAAACUAAAAACGUAUAACGUUACUGUGAGUGAAACUGAUAGUGUUGAUAACUUACGAAAAACGCUCGUCAAAAAACUUCGUGGAGAAAACGAAACUUUCACAAAGAAGGAACUAUACCGGAGCGACAUGUCCGACUUUAAUAAAAUAAGUUUUACCCUAAACAAAGACAAUUGGGAAGUUUUUGUCGAAAGACUAGAAUUAAUUUUCGAGUGUCAGUGUAUUCCGCCGGAAAGACAAAGUGCAGAACUGUUAACAAGGGUUUGUCAAGAGACUUUCAUGUUGUUUCGCAAUUUAACUGCACCAAAAAAGGCCAAAGAUCUUUCCUACUCUGAUUUAGUUAAUAUCAUGAACUCUCAUCUUCAUCCAAAGCCUUCAGAAAUUUCCGAAAGAAAUAAAUUCUACGCCACGAAACAAUUACCUUCGGAAUCGAUACACGCAUUCCUUACAAAAUUGAAAGAAAGAUCUUUUUAUUGUAAUUUCAAGGACCUUGAUAUUGCUCUUCGUGAUCAAUUUGUAUUUGGACUUAUAAAUCACGAAACAAAAGUGGAAUUAUUUCGUCAAGAAAAUCUAACAUUUCAAAGUGCGGUGAAGAUAGCGGAGGAUCGAGAAGCAGCUAUAAAAAAUUCCUUAUCAAUGAAGCCCGCAAAUGCUGUGUCUGAAGAUACAAUUUUUUACAUGAAUAAGGCUGGUUCAAAAUAUUCCAAUCAUCAACAAUACAGAGGAAGGGGAAGCGGAAACGCAGAAGGAAAAUUCAAAUCUUCGCAACCAAACAACGCAGCCGUGGCUUCCACUUCCAAAGACCAGAGCCAGAAACUCAUCAGAGACAAUAGACAAAGACAACACGAUAACAGGAGCAGUAACUACAGACGAGAAGACAGAAACGGCAGCCGUAGGUCGAAUGUGUCAAACAAUUCUCAGGUACAUAUAACCUCAAAAACGCGUAAUAAUAAUAAAUGUUAUUGUUGUGGUGGAUUUAAUCAUUUCGCAAGAGACUGUAAACUUAGGUGGAAAACUUGUAAUUAUUGUAAUGUAAAAGGUCAUAUUGAUAGAGCAUGUCUAAAAAAACAAAACGGAAUUAAUUUAGUCAAUGACAACUUAUUAGAAAAUGAAGAUUUGGAUAGUUCUGAUUUAGAUUUUUAUUAUAUGCAGCAAAACAAUUUUACUGAAUUUCAGGUAAACAAUAUUGUGGUAGAACCUCAUAGUAUGAAAUUAAUUAUUGAUAAUAAUCAGGUAGAAUUGGAAGUUGAUACAGGUUCACAUGUGACUGUGUUUUCAGAAAAAACUGUAGCUAAUUAUUUUGCAGCUAAGAAAAUCCACAAGGCAGAUAUUUCAUUGUCCAGCUAUGACAGAACAAAGUUGAAUGUAAUGGGUAUGUUGACUGAUCUUAAGGUGCAUUUCGAAAGGGUUGAAGCAAAUUUGAAAGCUUACGUUUUGGCAGGUAACGGGAAAAAUUUAAUAGGAAGGCAAUGGCUUCAAGCCUUGAGUAUGUGGCCGAUAACUUUUAAACCUCAGUUUGCGUUGAAUUGCUUGAAUGAUCAUAACAGUAUUAUUUCACAUUUUAAAUCAAAAUAUCCACAAUUGUUCUACAACAGCCCAGGUAAAUAUAAAGGUAAAUCUAUUAAACUAACUUUCAAAAAAGAUUAUCAACCAAUUCAAUGUAAACCUUAUCAUGUCCCUUUCGCUUUGAAAGACAAAGUAGAUGCAGAAAUCGAUCGUUUGGUAAGAAUAGGUAAUUUGGAACAAGUUGAGGUGAGUGAAUGGGCUACUCCAGUAGUUCCUGUGGUGAAAGGGGAAGGAGUUCGUUUAUGCGGAAAUUUUAAACUAACAGUGAAUCCUCAAAUAAUUGUUAAAAGAUAUCCAUUACCCUUAAAAGAAAAAGUGUUUCAGACGUUACAGGUUGGAACCAAAUGGUCCCAAAUUGAUUUAAAACAUGCAUUCAUGCAAUUUGAAGUUGCUGAAGAUUGUAGAGAUCCAUUGACAAUAAUCACACAGAAAGGUUUGUUUAGGUACAAAAGUUGCCAGAGGGUGUAG